GGUUUUAAGAUUUUAUUUUGGCGCAUUUGUAUAGAAAAAACUGAUGCUUUUUCUCAAAAAUCAAAUCAAAUAGUAUUAAUAAUAAAAACAUAAAGUAGAUUUUUAUACAAAGAGAUCUGGCUAACGCUUUAUACAAAGAGAUCUGGAUCGGCAUAUUUGCUUAAAUCAAAUCUGAAAAAAUCAGCAACUAAGUACAUUUGGCUGUCUGGAAACUUGAAAUGAAUAAGAUUUCUGGUUCAAUUGUCAGUGUCAGCGACAUAGUGACAUCAUAUAACUACAACAAUUAUUUUGAAAUUAUUGUUUCAUCAAAAGAAAAUGAAAAUGAUACUAUUCGAGUUAUGGAGGAAGAUUACUACAACGCGGUUUUUAAAAAAAAGGGUAGAAGCUAUUCAACUUAUGAUAGAAAUGAUUUUCAAAACAUACCAUUUCAUAAGUUUCAGGAAUGUUUAAGUUAUUCAAAUUUUAUUGAGUUUACUGGUCUUUCGGAUGUCAGAGGUGAUAUCACUCCAGCUCGUUAUUUCCAAAGUAAUACUUCUUGCUACUUUGUCAUUAAUGUUAAUGGUGAUUGUAAAACUACUCCAGAUUACUUAGAAGUAAAAGAUGUCCUUGAGAUGAAAUCACCACCAACGAUGUUCACAAUUCACGGUCGUAUUGAAUGGAUAGACGAAUUUUCUCAAUAUGGUUCCGGCUUCACAUCAAAUAUAAGAGUUCUCAAAUGUAACCUUUAUGACAGAUUUAAUGAAGAGUUCAAAAUUGUAGCUGAAAUAUGGUCAGAAGAUAAUGAAAACGAACGCCCAAUAUCAGACCUAAAGGAUGGCUUUAGCUAUCGGUUAGAGUUUAUGAAAGUUAGCAAAACAAAUUUAGAAGAAAGAGUUUUAACAAGUACAUCUAGAACCAAAGUCUACGAUAUCGACUGUUUUUAGAAACUAUUAUUUCUUGUAAAAAAACAGUGAAUUUUAUAGAAACUUGUUUAACCGUUUUUACUUUGGAAUAAAAAGGUUAUUAAAUCAAUAA